UUGUGCAUCCCAUCGUCUUCCUCGUCCAGGCGUCGGAGGGAGGGAGAGAGAGCCAUGACUCUGAGCUCGGAGAUGUCGGAUGCCUCCAUCCUGUCGGAAGAGACCGACAUAGACGUGGUGGGCGAGGGCGAGGACGCUGACCACAAGACGCGCUCCUACGUGGACGAGGUGGCGCAGAUGCGCGACGGCAUCCUGCUGGCCGGCUCUCCUCCGUGCCUGGACGGCUCCACCUCCUCGCGGGAUGCCUUCAAGCCGACGGGCAAGAACACCCUGGUGAAGCCCCCUUACUCCUACAUUGCCUUAAUCACGAUGGCCAUCCUGCAGAGUCCCAAGAAGCGGCUGACCCUGAGCGAGAUCUGCGACUUCAUCAGCAACCGCUUCCCUUACUACAGGGAGAAGUUCCCGGCCUGGCAGAACUCCAUCAGGCACAACUUAUCCCUCAAUGACUGCUUUGUUAAGAUACCGAGGGAGCCCGGGAACCCGGGCAAGGGCAACUACUGGACCCUGGACCCGGAGUCGGCCGACAUGUUCGACAACGGGAGCUUUCUGAGGCGCAGGAAACGCUUCAAACGGCAGCAGACGCAGGACCUCCUACGGGAGCACAACGCGUUUAUCCCGGCUGCAGCCGCCGCGUACGGAUACGGACCGUACGGCUGCGGGGGAUACGGCAUCCAGCUCCAGUCCUACCACACGCACUCUGCUCUUUUUGCGUUCCAGCAACAGCAGCAGCAACAGCAGCAACAACACUCCAGGCAUUCCCAUUCGCACGCGGGGACCAUUAUCCCCUCACCAUCUUUGAUGCCCACCACCACGGACUUAGCCAGAAGUAGGUUUUACCCCCAGCUCGGCUCCGGUUUGGGCUCCCCGGGCGCGCAGGCUGCGUCCCCGGCGCACAAGUCCGGCUCCCCGGCGCAGCGCUCCCCGUUCUCCAUAGAGAGCAUCAUCGGAGGCUCGCUCAGCCCCUCCAGGACUCCCCCGGUCGUCGUCCCGGUCUUACCGACCACCCUGGGGCUCCCCGCGGCCGGACAGCCACAAACCGUCCACUCAGGAACGGUUCUACACCCGGUUGAAAACUUUCCCAACAGAGUGGUCGGCGGCACUAGCGCCUGUUAA